AUGCUAAAUGAUGAAUAUUGGCCCAGGGAUUAUUGCUUUAGAGAUAAGGACAUAUUGGAUGACACUUUAAAAAAAAUACAAGAAGACAGUUCAUUUACUUCAGUUUAUUCUACUCUACGGGACAAUGUUCCUCGAUUAUUUAAAGAAGUCAUUGCCAUGGACUCAAGAUUAAACGAAUGUUCAUUUCUUUUGCAAAACCAUGCCUCCAAACUAUUUGAUUGUAGCAGAAUGAUUUCCAAGACAAAUUCAUAUGCAAAAUUGGAGCAGUACAAGGCAUUUCUAAGGGAUCAAUGUAGACAAAGGAAGAUAAUGCUUUCAGAUGAAGUGGAAACAGAGAAGAAUAUAGAGGGUUGUGACUUCUCAGGAUUCAAAAAUAAUGAGCUACCACAAUUACCUAGACAUUUGGAUGCUAAACAAAUUUUUCUCUUUAUUUUAAGAGCCCAUAACUUUGAGGAAAGGGUGCUUAAAAUCUGGAGAACUCAUUUUCUCUCCAAUGCCUCCAUUGCUCUUUUGCAUGACACCUUUUGGUGGUGGUUUCUUCAUAAAUUCAAGCCUGACAGAAAAGAUCAAGAUUGCUUAUUUGAUAGAAUUGCAGAAAAUUAUGUUACACUUUUCAUGAGCGUACCUCUACAUCGGAAAGAUGCAUUUUUUCAGGUGUAUCCUGAUUGUUUGGCACAAGCUAUCUAUGCAGCAUUCCAAGAAUCAUUUCCAGAAUCCAGUAGCCUCUUUAAUGAUGACUUUAAAGAAGAUCUAGGGAAUACCAUUUUUCUUUGGUUGUCAGGUUUAAAACCUCAGAAAGGCUUUUGGACCCACUGGAGACUGAAAGAACUCUGCACAACCACCUUCCAUGGUAGCAGGAAGAUGACUGCAAAAUCAGUAAAGGAGAGGAUCACCGUCAGCCAAGAGCACAUAGCAACUACUACAGACUUUCAUAUUUUAAAGAACCCGAGAGCAUAUGCAACAUUUGUACUCAAGGGAGAAUCAACACUAUCAAGACUAGCAACAAAGUCACAUUACAAGAGCUUUGGUCCAGAAUUUCACCGUGUGCUCUUUGACUUUCGAGGUCAGAGCCCAUUGAUUUCAUAUUUUCUUAAGGUUCAUGAGACAGUUGAUAUUUCUGGCACUCCCAAACAAAAGAAAAGUAGGCUUACUAAGAUACUCCAAGAACUUAAAAAAAAACAAAAUGAAAACCAAAAACUUUUUAAAAUUAUGAGAAUUAGAACUACAAAACAACAAAAAAGAACCUUGGGUCGUUUCAACAGCUUGAUCACUGUGACUAGUGCCGCAGUGGACAGAAGAGUGCAGCAGUCUCCACCUAGCACACCAGCUGCUCCAACAUACAGUGAUGUUAUAAAGGAGGCGAAAAAACAAUUUUCAAAGAACCGAAAGGAUUUUGGGAUGAUAAAGCAAAAGAUCAAUGAGGAAAUAAAACGCCUGAGACUGCGACAGGAAAAAAUUGACAAAGAGCUUGACAGGUUUGCUCCACGGCUCCAAGCAAAGGCUUCCAAGUACCCCCAAGAAGUCAAGAAUGAGUUUGCGAAUUUCCUACAUAAACUGACGUGUGCUCACUGGACACUGAGAAAGACUGUGUCCACAGACGUGUGCUCACUGGACACUGAGAACGACUGUGUCCCAGACGUGUGCUCACUGGACACUGAGAACGACUGUGUCCACAGACGUGUGCUCACUGGACACUGA